AUGACAAAAGAUAAAGAAAAAAAUAAGGAAAAAAAGUAUACUGAUAAUAUAGACUAUUAUACAUAUAUGAAGACAGAAGAUUCUAAUAAUCAAAGAUACAAUAAUUUUGAUGAUAUGAAUGAGUUUUAUGAGUAUGAAAGAAAUGGAUAUAAUUAUAAAAUGUAUAAUGAUGAUAGGUAUUAUGAUCCUCAUCCCACUUAUGAAGGCGGAUAUACUUAUGAUGAUAGGUUUUAUAAAAAAGGCUAUCAGUAUGAUUAUCCACCAUAUCAGAAGGUGCAUAGAGAGCUGAAAAGAAAAGCUAAACAAAGAGUGUGUUCGAAUUGUUCAACUACUAGUACACCAUCUUGGAGGCGAGGAGAAAACGGGAAGUCUCUUUUAUGUAAUGCGUGCGGAUUAUAUCAAAAACUUCAUGGUCGUGCACGUCCCUACACUAUUACAUCUAGCGGUAAAACAAAGGCGCUUAAAGGUGGAUAUGAAAAGACUUUGUGUGUCAGUUGCAAUACCCCGUAUUUAAUUACAGAAUUAAAAGGAGGAACUACGCAAAUAUGUGAUAGCUGUAUUACACAAAUUAAAAAUACUAAUGAAACAGAUAUGAUGGAUUAUCAAUAUUAUAGAUAUGGAAAUUAUUACAAUUAUUAUCAUAACACCGAUGUAAAUAUUGAGAAUACAGUCGAUGUAAAUAAUACUAUAUAUGAAAAUCUACAGCGAGAGGAUGAUAAAGAACUAUAA